AGCGCUUUGUUAGGAAAACAGACUGGGGGCCCUCCCUUUAGGGAGAAGGUUGAUGGGGAUCCGCAGAGCCUGGAGACCUUUCUUGCUUUUGAUGGGAGUGCGCGGUGAGCCCAAAUUCAGGGAGUGGCAGAAUACAGCGUUGGCAUGAAACUCCUUCCCUAGAGGUGAUCUCAGCAGGCCUUCACUUUGUCUGGCUUCUCAUUUUUGGCUUGCUGAAGACCAACAAAAUGUGGUGGCCACUUACACACUGAAUACGAGGUCUGGCUGGCUUUAUGGUGCUGUGCAAUGUUGGGGCAGAUAAUGAAUGAGCACAGGAAAAAAAAAGCAAGCAAAGAGAUGGUGAGGAAGCUUUUCUUAAGAAAAACGGGGUGGGACUCGAAUGAGGAGGAGGAGACCAGGAACAGACUGAACAGUCCCAGCAUACAACAGGCAGGUCACUUAAUCAGCUACACAGAGGAGUUUGUUGUUGGGAUAAGCAGAUAUGAGUCCAAUUGAAGUCAAGUGGAGUUGCACCUGAUUAUUGAAGGGCUGAAUUUGGACUUACCAGAGUGUAUAGAUUUCCUCCAGAGGUAAAGAUAGCUUCACAUCGCCCUUCAGGUGCAGCCCUGUGGAGCGCUGCUGACUUUGAGGCUCUGUGUGAGAUCAGAGGCUCAGCUCUGCGUAUCCAGUUGUUGGAUAGAAAUCUAAAAUUGUCAAGUCUUUGAGCAGGAAGCUGCCGAGGUCUUAUAUGGCUCCUAUCUGACAACAUGCACCACCAGUGGUUGCUGUUAGCUGCAUGCUUUUGGGUGAUAUUCAUGUUCAUGGUUGCUAGCAAGUUCAUCACAUUAACUUUUAAAGACCCAGAUGAAUAUGGUGCCAAGCAAGAACCAUUAAUGCUGACAGCUAUGACAAAAGUGGAGAAGGUACAAGUACCAGAGGAGAAACGUUUGCCUGAAGAAUUCCAGCCAACUGGAAAAGUGCUUUCUGGAAAUCUGAUGCACCAACCUCUGAUCCAUAUGGAAAGACUUGAGCUUCUACGGAAUGUUUGCAGAGAUGUAGCCCUGAGAAAUCUUUCUCAUACUACAGUUUCCAAGUUCAUCUUGGACCGAAUAUUUGUGUGUGACAAGCACAAGAUCUUGUUCUGUCAGACUCCAAAAGUGGGCAACACUCAAUGGAAAAAAGUCUUAAUCGUAUUAAAUGGAGCAUUUUCUUCCAUAGAAGAGAUUCCAGAGAACAUUGUGCAUGACCACGAGAAGAAUGGCCUACCACGCUUAUCUUCUUUCAGUGACUCUGAAAUACAGAAAAGAUUGAAUUUAUACUUCAAGUUUUUUAUUGUAAGAGAUCCAUUUGAGAGACUUAUUUCUGCAUUUAAGGACAAGUUUGUCCACAAUCCUCGAUUUGAACCCUGGUACAGGCAUGAAAUUGCUCCUGGUAUUAUCCGGAAAUAUAGGAAGAAUCGCACAGAGACUAGGGGGCUGCAGUUUGAGGACUUUGUGCGUUAUUUGGGUGAUCCUAAUCACCGAUGGCUAGAUGUUCAGUUUGGGGAUCACAUCAUUCAUUGGGUAACGUAUGUGGAACUUUGUGCUCCGUGUGAAAUAUCAUACACUGUGAUUGGACAUCAUGAAACUCUAGAGGAUGAUGCUCCAUAUAUCUUGAAAGCAGCAGGAAUAGACCAUCUGGUAUCCUAUCCCACGAUUCCACCAGGCAUAACAACAUACAACAAAACAAAAGUAGAGCGCUAUUUCUCAGGAAUUAGCAAGCGAGAUAUAAAACGCCUGUAUGCCCGUUUUGAAGGAGACUUUAAACUAUUUGGAUAUCAAGAGCCAGAUUUCUUGCUAAACUGACACCUAGAUUAAGCUGGGAAGAAGUAUCUAUUAAAUUAGACUAUGGCAUAUGAACGUCAGCUGCCACACUGGCUGAACUGAGACUGACCAUUAUUUUCUAUCUUUUUGACUUUGCUCCAUUUUUGGUGGAAUAUUUGUGGACAAUUAGGGACUCCGUGUUAUUUACUGACCAUAUUUUCAGCAUACGACAUUGCAGUCUGUUAAGAAUGAAUCUAUGUUGUCUAAGAUAUAAAAUGCCACCUAACCCUUCUUCCUUCGGGGAGAAAGAGGAGGGACCAAUAGGUUAUAAAAGAAAGUAAAAUAGAAUGCAACUGAAAAAUGUUGUAAAGAAGGCAGUUCACUGGAGGUUAACUUUAGGCUCAGCUUAUGAAAUUUGUGUAGUGUUGAUGCUUACUAUUUACCAGACAGAACUGUGGAGUCUCCCACAGGCUAUGAAAACUAGAGGCCAGUAUAGGACCAAUAAUAAAUGCGCUAGAGACAAACAAAUGAUGUCCAGAUUCUAUUAUGUGAUUAUUGUAAAGGUUGUGCUGAUCUAAUCUCAUUUUUGGUUUUGCUUUUUUGUUUUUGCCACACAUGAAAAAUUAUUCCAACUUAACAGAAGUUUUAGUUCUAUCCAGGAAGGGCUGAUUUCAGAGGCCUUUUGUCUUUAUUCCUGUGUCCAUAGUGCUACCUGUCCUUACGCAGGUUUAUCAUGCCUCACAGUUGUUAUACUUUUGUUUUAAUUGUUGACAUCCAAGUUUGUAAGAUGUCCAAACACUUCAGAUACAAAUGGAGCAUAGUUUCCAAGAAGAAAUAUAGGACUGUUGGGGAAGUGAGUUAAAGUAAAGCUAGAUGUAUUUGCAAGAGCAAUAUAAAAGCCAAGACCUGCUCUUUAAAUACUGUGCAUUUUAACUUGGUUUAUUUUCUAACUGUACAAGCUGCUAAGUUUAUUUAAUAAAGUUGUGAAAAGAAGAAAGCAUGUAAGAGUUGCCAUAAUAAACUGGACUAAUGCUCCAUCCCA